CAAUAUUACACAAAACGAAAUAUGAUCAGCCUAUGGGGCAAACCUCAAAGAAUUACUACUUCGGUAGUAGUCUUGUUAUCCAGUUGUCACACUCACAAACUCAAAAGAAGACCAACCACUUGCUUACGAAAUGCCGCCCAAUCAUUACUCUAUAAAAGUUCUCAGUCCUAUUUUGACAUCACACACACACACAGGAGUAGCAAAGCAAAGCAAUGCAUAAGCUUAUAGCACACCUCUUCUCCUUGCUCCUCUCCUCCACUCUUUGCAAUGCCAAUCAGCAGACUCAUCUUUUGAGAUCCACAAGACCACACAGUUUCUCUGUUUCCGAUUCUUGGCUACAGCGCGAAAGAGAUGCAUUUGUUGCACCUCAAGAUGGACUAAUGCAAGCAGACAAGAUCACUCAGCUGCCAGGGCAGCCUCAUGGUGUGGAUUUUGAUCACUAUGCAGGUUAUGUUACAGUUGAGCCGCAGGCAGGAAGAGCGCUGUUUUAUUAUUUUGUCGAGUCUCCAACAAAUUCUUCCACCAAACCUCUGGUCUUGUGGCUAAAUGGAGGCCCUGGAUGUUCAUCUUUUGGAUAUGGAGCCAUGGAGGAAUUGGGACCUUUCAGAGUGAGCAGCGACGGCACAACUCUAUUCAGAAACAACUAUGCAUGGAACAAUGUGGCGAAUGUGAUCUUCUUGGAUUCGCCUGCUGGUGUUGGCUUCUCGUAUUCAAACACAACUGCUGACUACAACAACACUGGUGACACGAGCACUGCCACAGAUGCCUACACAUUUAUAGUGAACUGGCUCGAGAGGUUCCCUCAGUACAAAACCCGGGAUUUCUACAUCACCGGGGAGAGCUACGCCGGUCAUUAUGUGCCUCAGUUAGCAAACACUAUAUUGCUCAGAAACAACAACAGCAACAUUCCAACUGUUAUCAAUCUAAAGGGUGUUGCUAUUGGGAAUGCAUUGAUAGAUGAUGCGAGCAUGUCAGCAGGGUUCUAUGAUCAUAUCUGGACGCAUGCCUUGAUCUCAGAUGAGAUACACACAAAAAUCUUCAAUUCUUGUGAUUUUGCAAAUAAUUUAGCUUCUGAUCAGUGCUAUGAUUACGCGGAGAAGUCCUUUAAAGAGCUUGGGAACAUUGACAUCAACAACAUCUAUGCACCAAUCUGUUUGCAACAUGUGCUUAAGAAGGGCUCAAGAGAUUCUUUAGGCGAACAGGUUAACUACUUCGAUCCCUGCUCGGAUGUGUAUGUUAAGUAUUACUUGAAUACUCCUCGAGUCCAAGAUGCUCUCCAUGUGAAUCCCACAGCUUGGGACUUCUGCAGAACCUUUGAUAACUGGACAGACUGGGAAAGUAGUGUUUUGCCAACAAUUGAGGAUCUCAUGGCAAGUGGGCUGAGGGUGUGGCUGUACAGUGGAGACAUAGAUGCGAAUGUACCAGUUACAACCACAAGGUAUGCAAUUAACAGGCUAAAGCUUCCAAUCGAGACUGCUUGGCGCCCGUGGUACUUUGAGAAUGAGGUUGGAGGGUAUGUGGUGGGAUACAAAGGGCUGACAUUAGCAACGGUGAGAGGAGCUGGUCAUCAAGUCCCCAGCUACCAGCCUCAGAGGGCACUCCUCAUGUUUACCUCCUUUCUUCAAGGAAUUCUACCUCCAUCUUCCUCAUAAUAGUGUAUUGCAAACU